AACAGCAGGAGCAGGUUUAGUAAAUAGAAUUAUUUUGUUAAAUAUCAAAGUACUGAAGAUAUAUAAAAGUAAGACUUUAAAUUAAGUGACGCUGAAUUAAUAUACAUGAAAUUUUAAAAUAUAUUUCCAUUAUUGUUAUUUAAAACAUGCAAAAUACAAAAGGCUCAAUCCCUGGACAAUCUCCAACAGUUAAUGUCCAAGAGUUUUCUAUAAGAGUUCCAAAAAAUGUACAAAAAAGAUAUCAUGUAAUGCGAUUCAAUGGAACCUUAGAUGUGGAUUUUGAAAAAUGGACCAAAGUUAGUAUGGAAAGAGAAAACAAUAUGAAAGAGUUUAAAGGAGUAGAUGAAGAAGUUCCAAAAUUUGGGGCUGGUUCGGAAUUUGGUAGAGAAGCUAAAGAGGAAGCUAGACGUAAAAAACUAGGUAUAGUGGCUAGGAAAUACAAGGCAGAAGAUCAACCAUGGAUUUUAAAGUCAUAUGGAAGCACUGUCAAAAAGUUUAAAGGGAUUAGAGAAGGUGGGGUUUCAAAUAAUACAGCAUAUUAUGUAUUUACACAUGCAGAGGAUGGAGCAAUUGAAGCAUUUCCUCUACAAGAAUGGUAUAAAUUUCAACCUAUCCAGAGGUAUAAAGCUUUAUCAGCUGAAGAAGCUGAAAUGGAAUUUAGUAAAAGGAACAAACACUUGAACUAUUUUUCUUUGAUGUUGAGAAAAAGACUAAAAGGAGAAGAGGAAACUGAAUUGGAUGAAGGCGAAGAGAAAAGCAAGAAAUCUACAUCCAAAAAAGAAAAGGAGCUCAAAAUAUCUGAGAUGGAUGAAUGGAUGGACAGUUCCGAUGAUGAAUCCUCUGCUGAAGAGGAGAAAGAGGAUUCUGAAGAAACAGAUAAAAAGAAAAAAGCCAAGAAGGUAGUUCCCAAGAAGAACAAAAAACGAGAUACAGAUGCCGAAGCAUUUGAAGAUUCUGAUGAUGGAGAUGGAGAAGGCAGAGAGCUUGAUUAUAUAAGUGAUAGUAGUGAUAGUGAACCUGAGAAUAUAAACUUGGAUGGUGUUGCAGAAGAAAAGGCUCUUAGAAAAUUGUUGAAUUCUGAUGAAGAAUCAGAUGAGGAUAGUGAGAAAUCUGAAAAGGAACAAAGCAAUGAAGAUGAAGAAAAAGACAAAGAAGGAGAAAAGAAGGAUGAUGUUGACGAAAAGGACAAAAAGAAAAAGAAGAAGAAGACCAAAAAAGAUGCGAAAAAAGAAAAAAAAGAAACCAAAAACGAUGAUAAUGAUUUUAGUUCAGAUAGCACUUCAGAUGAUGAAUCAAAGAAAAAUAAGAAGGAAGAGAAAAAAGUAAAGAAAGAAGAAAAAGAACUUAGUAGUGAGAACAGUUCACGGUCAGCUACUCCUACUGAUAACAAGAGAAAACUUAUUAAUGACGCUUUGGCGGGACCUAGUCCCAAAAAAGUCAAAAUGGAUCUUCCUAAUUUCAUACCUGGCUCAAGUGAAUCAGGCAUUACAGAGGAUGCUGUUAGGAAAUACCUAAUGAGGAAACCAAUGACAACAACAGAAUUGUUGCAGAAGUUUAAAUCUAAAAAGACUGGUUUAUCUAGUGAACAGUUGGUCAACAUUAUGACUCAGAUUUUGAAAAAGAUUAAUCCAGUAAAGCAAACUUUAAAAGGCAAAAUGUAUUUAUCUAUAAAGUCUUAGAAAAGUGUAAAUAUAAUGCAUUACUCUAAUAGUGGUAUUGGAACUAUUUGUAAUUUUGUUAACUUAUUAUACAAAAUUCAUGAAAAAUAAAUAAAAUUGGUGUAUUUACUGAA